AUGACCCUCUAUCGGCGGCACCAGGCCGAAGUCGAGAUCAAGAAAGACCAGAUAAGACAGCAGAUACGAGUGCUAGAGCAUGGGCGGAGGCGGUUCUCUACGACGCCGACACAGAGACAUGGUCAUGUCACUCCGCCCAAGCCAGGAGAGGAGCUGCAUGUCACGUUCAUUGACAAGGACGGAGAUCGACAUACCUUCGAGGUCUCAAAGGGGGACAACCUGCUGGAUAUAGCGCAGGCUAAUGAUCUAGAGAUGGAAGGCGCCUGUGGUGGUUCAUGCGCCUGCUCUACGUGCCAUGUUAUUGUCGAAGACGAGGAAAUGUACGAUAAGAUCCCAGAGGCUUCUGAUGAUGAGAACGACAUGUUGGACCUUGCUUUUGGGUUGACAGAAACAUCGAGACUGGGAUGCCAGGUGGAAAUGACGCCUGAUCUGGACGGGCUGGUUGUGAAACUACCACAGAUGACACGGAAUCUGCAGGCUUCAGACUUCGAGAAACGGAGCUGA